AGCGUAGAGCAGUUACUGUUUUAGCUGGCACUUCCAAUUCCGAUCCAUCAGAAAAGCAAAAGCCACAUCCUCCGAUCAAAUUUUCCAAAGCAGAAUUCAAAAUUCACCAUCCCAUGUCUAUCGGCUUCCUUCGUCUUCCUUGGGGGAUUUGGUUGCCCUAGCCCUCCCCCUUGGUAGCUAGGCUAGGCAAGCUCCCUCCGGCCAUGGACGAUUUCGUGCUGCGCUCCGGCGUCCGCGUGGGGCUGAAGCGCGAGUUCGCCUUCGCCAUCGCCUCCCAAGCCGCGCUCGCCCCCUCCCUCGGCCGCACGCGCUCCUCCUCUUCCUCUUCCUCUCCCGCCCCUGUUUCCAACCCCAGCAAGCCCUCCAAGCGCUCACGCCGCCCGGCUCCCGCCGCCGCUCUCCCACCGGAUCCAAGCCUACUCCCGCCGGAUCCGCCCGUGCUCCCGCCGGAUCCCCCCGCCGCUGCCGCCGAUGAGGAGGCUCCUCCAGUGCUCGCUUUGCUUGCUGACCCCGACAGAAAUGAGCAGCCGCCCCAACAGCAGCAGCAGCAGCAGCAGCAGCAGGAGGAGGAUCACCACGCCUUCUUCAUCCCGCCAGAGACGCCGCCCAGGCGGAUCACGCGCUCCAUGAUCAAGCCCUCCUCCCCUGCCACCACCAACCACUCCAAACCCAAACUCAAACUCAAUCCCAAUCCCAAACCGGAGGCAGAGGCGGAGGAGCCCUCAGGAGUAGCAGUUACGACGCCCCGCCGCUUCACUAGGUCACUGUUGCUCAAGGACAAGGCGCCGGUUGCUUCGUCUGACGACGACCAGCUGGAUGCCGACCUAUCAGGCACCACCACUGCUAGCAGCUCCCCUUCACAUUCCCCAAGCAGCAGCAACAAGAACACAGAGCUUAAGCUGCCCAAGCGCAACAAGAUCAAAUUGACUAAAAUCCCCAAGAACCUAAAGGAACUGUUUGCAACCGGUACGCUCGAGGGUCAGCCUGUCAAGUACAUCAUGAAGAAAGGGAAGCGAGCAGUACUUCGUGGAGUGAUUAAAGACACUGGCAUAUUGUGUUCUUGCACUUCAUGUAAAGGCCAGAAUGUUGUUUCACCUUUCUAUUUUGAGGUGCAUGCUGGGAGUUGUAAAAAACGCCCAUCUGAUUAUAUUUUCCUGGAAAGCGGAAAUAAUCUGCAUGGUAUAAUGAGGGCGUGCGCAGGUGCUACCUUAGAUACAUUAGAAUCUGUAAUACAGAGUGCAAUAGGCCCAAUGCCUCAGAAGAGGACAUUGAGAUGCCAAGUUUGCAAAAAUUCAUUCAGAACUCUUCGCACUGGGAAAUUUGGUUUGUUAUGUGAUCCAUGUCUUGAAUCCAAGGGAGCUCGGAAUAGUACAAGGUCACCAAAAAUUGCAAGGAGUCCGACUUCAUCAGCUAGGGUGCCUAAAAAUUUCUCCCCAGGAGCGAAGAGUACAAGCGCAGGAAGGCUUACAAGAAAGGACCAUGGAUUGCAUAAGUUGGUUUUCUUGAGUGGCAUUUUACCAGAGGGCACCGAUGUGGGCUACUAUGUUGGGGGAAAGAGGUUGCUGGAUGGCUACAUAAAGGAACCCGGAAUCCACUGUCAUUGCUGCAAUACAGUGGUCAGUCCUUCACAGUUUGAAGGUCAUGCUGGCCGAGCUGCUCGACGCAAACCUUACCACAACAUAUACAUGUCGAAUGGUGUCUCUCUACACGAACUGUCAGUUUCACUUUCAAGAGGUCGAAAAACGUCAGACAGACAAAGUGAUGACUUAUGCAGCAUAUGUUCAGAUGGUGGUGAGCUUCUCCUUUGUGACACCUGUCCAAGAGCUUUCCACAGAGAAUGUGUUGACUUGACUGCUGUACCGAAAGGAACUUGGUGUUGCCGGUAUUGUGAGACUAGGCAACAGAGAGAAAGUUCUUUGGCAUAUAACCACAAUGCAAUAGCUGCUGGGAGGAUUGACGGAAUUGAUUCCAUGGAACAAAUAUUUACACGAUCCAUACGUAUUGCUACAACACCUGAGACUGGAUUUGGUGGAUGUGCAUUAUGCAAGCUCCAUGAUUUUGGCAAAAAGAAAUUUAGUGCCCGAACUGUGCUGCUCUGUGACCAAUGCGGGAGGGAAUAUCAUGUUGGAUGCCUGAAAGAACACAGCAUGGCGGAUUUGACGGCAUUGCCAGAGGGAGCAUGGUAUUGUUCCAGUGACUGUGUGAGGAUUAGUGAGACAAUGAAAGACCUACUUAGCGGUGGGGCAGAACCUGUUCCUGCCAUGGAUGCUGAUCUUAUAAAGAAGAAGCGUGAAGACAAAGGUUUAAAUGAGGAUGGCGACCUUGAUGUUAGAUGGAGAGUUUUGAGGGACAAAAGUUCAGAAGAUAGUAAAUUGGUGCUCUCCAAAGCAGUUGCGAUUUUCCAUGAAUCAUUUGAUCCCAUUAUCCAAACUACAACUGGGCGAGACCUUAUUCCAGCCAUGGUUUAUGGGAGGAGUGUAAGGGACCAAGAUUACACAGGAAUGUAUUGUGCAGUAUUAACCGUUGGCAACACUGUAGUUUCUGCAGGUCUUUUCCGUAUCAUGGGUCGUGAAGCUGCUGAGCUACCCCUGGUUGCCACAAGCAGGGAUAACCAAGGCUUUGGGUAUUUCCAAGCUCUGUUUGGGUGCAUAGAGCGACUGUUGGCAUCUCUGAAGGUGAAAUACUUUGUGCUACCAGCUGCAGAUGAAGCGGUGUCCAUCUGGACACAGCGGUUUGGAUUCUCAAAGAUAAGCCGAGAUGAGCUGCUGGAACACCUCAAGGGUGCGCGGACAACUGUGUUCCAGGGUACAUCCACCCUGCACAAGCUGAUCCCAGAAAACAUCUCACAAGCUGAUCCUGGAAAGAUGGCACAAGCUGAUCCCCAAAACAUCGUAGAAGCUGAUCCUUCCCAAAACAUCGUACAAGCUGAUCCUGCCCAAAACAUCAUACAAGCUGAUCCUGCCCAAAACAUCGUACAAGCUGACUCCCAAAACAUAGUACAAGCUGAUCCUGGGGCCGUGGAAGGAGGAGGCAUGAUGUUAAGCUAGCUAGUAGUUGUUUUUGUAGGAUCUGCUGGUGUCUGUAGAUAGCGAUUUUGGUUUGAAUUGAGGAAGGGAGGAGGAAGCUGUUGUUGUCUUUGUUGAGAGAGCAGACGAAGCUGGUAGCCUUGUAAACUGAAGAAAUUCAGAAUCUGAUGGAUGGUGACUGCUGUUUCUUUAUUACAGUAUAUAGGAGCUAGUGCGUUUUGUGAUUUGUUGAUAGAUGAGUUUCCUCCUUGAUCCUUAUAUGUUGUUGAUGGAUCAAGCCCUCAUCAUCAAGAAUGAAAGAAUCUUUUGGGCGGUGUUUU